AUGGAAGAUUCUCACUCUCCACAGCAGUACACUGUCACUUCAGAUGGAGCCAUGUUUGUGGCCAUCAUCACCGUGGAGACAUUUGCUGGCAUGUGGAUAAACGCUUUCAUUGUUUGUGUGAUCAGCAUUGCCUGGGUCAAGAAGAAAACCUUGAACUCUAAUGAGAAGAUCUUGCUGCUUCUGGGAUGUUCCAGGUUUUACUUUUUGUGCUUCUCAUGGAUACAUUCUUUUCUUUCAACAAUUUAUCCUUAUUAUCUUCUGGUUCAUCCCAUAAUUCAACUACUUCUAGGUGCUUCUAGCAUUUUUAAUUGUUCCAACUUAUGGAUUUCUGCCUGUCUCUGUGUUUUUUAUUGUAUAAAAAUUGCCAAUGUAAGGAAGUACUUCUUCAUCUACCUGAAAGUAAAUAUUAACAGAAUUUUGCCAUGGCUUUUGUUGGGAUCAGAGAUUUUCUCCCUGGUUAUAGGAAUUUUUACCUAUAACAUUAUUGAUAAAGCUGUUUGUGAAAACAUCAAUUUCACCUGUCAAGGAAUAGUUUGGAAAGCUAAUAUCCGAAUACAGGAACAUUUUUACCCUCUUUAUUUUCUCACUGGCUUUGUAUAUACCAUUUCAUUCAUGGCAGUCAUCUUUUCCGCUGUUUUCCUUCUCGUUUCUCUCUGGAGACACAAACACAAAAUGCAGACAAACUCCAUGAGCAGCCUCAGCAUGGAUGCCCACAUCAAAGCCAUGAAAUCUAUUCUCUCCUUCUUAGUAAUGUACUGCAUAAACUUUAUGUCUUUGAUCUUAACUCUAAUUAAUUCAACAAAUAACAAAACUCAUUUGAUGUUUCUUAUUUACUUAAUUCUCUAUGCGUUUCCAGGUGUUCAUUCCAUUAUUGUGAUUCUCAGCAAUCCCAGUCUGGAAAAGACACUGUAUAGGAUUCUAUCCUGUGUCAAGUGCAAGGUUUGCAUGAGGUAG